AUGGCUCCCGCCAGCGACCCCAGCCGCGUUGCGCGGAUAAUGCUGUCCUGGCACUCCCUCGAGCUUGUCUCGUGCACGCCCCUGCAAACCCUCUGGGCCGGCUACGGCCACAUCUGCGCGCUCACCGCUCGCGCCCUCACCGACGAAGCAGCGGAGCACCUCAACCAGCUCUGCGGGGUGGCGCACGGCGGCGCGGGGACGCACUACUCUCUCAUCUUGAAGCUCAUCUCGCCGCCAGGCGCAGGCAGCUCGCCGCCCACAGACGAGGGCCACCUACGCAAGAUGCUCAGCUACGAGGUGGAGCAGACGUUCUACGACUGCGUGGCGCCGCGGCUGGGCGAUGAGGUGGCCGUCGCGCGGUGCCUGGCGUCGACGCGGGACAUGGCAGGGCAGCCGUGCGCGGCCGAACUGCGCGGCCUGAUGGCGACUGUCAUGGUCGAUCUGCGCGGGCGGUUCCCCGUUGCCGGGGAGAAGCGCAGCGCGCUGAACGGCACGCAGGUGUGCGCCGCGCUGGACUGGCUGGCUGCGUUCCAUCGGCGCUCGUGGGCGCUGCUCCCGGAGCGGCGCGAUCUGGAUGCGUACGUCCGGCCGCCGCUGGAGGAGGGUCGGCGGCAGCGGAGUGCUGGCGGCGGGGGGAAGGGGCUGUGGUUGAACGGGGGGUAUACGUACCUCGCGACGCGGCGGAAGGAGUAUGCGGCUCUGGCACGAGACGGCGGGUCGGAGUGGUCGGCGGCGCUGUGUUGCGGUGUGGACGGGUCGUCGCGGAGCGUCGCGGAGAUGGUGGCGCUGUUUCUGACGCCGUGUGGGAGGCCGGUCGAGUCGUAUAUCCACGGCGACGUCAAGGCGGAGAAUCUCUUCACGACUGAGAGCGGCGACGAGGUGGCGUUCUUUGAUUUCCACGUCUGA